AAAGUGUGAAGCACAGAGUAUUCCGAAGGAAUUAUCAUUCCACAUACAGAACAAUUCAAGACUUAAAAAGAUGACCACGAACGCUCCACUUAUUAUGCGAAUAAUGGCAUUGUCCAUUAACACGGCCAAACGGGCUGGCGUCAUCAUACGCGAUGUCCUCAAGCAGGGAGACCUCGGCAUCGUGGAUAAGGGCAAAAAUGAUCCACAAACAGAAGCCGACCGUUCGGCGCAACGAUGCAUUAUUGCAUCUUUGGCAAAGAAAUUUCCCAGCAUUAAGAUAAUUGGUGAGGAGGGUGGAUCCGAUUUGAAUGUAUGCGAUGAAUGGUUGGUGGGCGAACUGGAUGAAACAUUCCUUAAGCAAGACUGCCCGGCGGAUUGGAAGGAUGCAAAACCGGAGGACUUUGUCAUAUGGGUUGAUCCCUUAGAUGGCACUGCAGAAUAUACACAAGGAUUUGUGGAGCAUGUGACGGUGCUCAUUGGCAUAGCCGUAAAGAACUCAGCUGUGGGUGGCAUUAUUCACCAGCCAUUUUAUCAACAAUCCAGCGGCGAGCUGGGACGUACCAUUUGGGGUCUCAAAGGCUUGGGCACUGGCGGAUUUACGGCUGUCAAACCGCCGGCCAAUGAAUUCAUUAUCACAACCACCCGCUCGCACUCGAAUGCACUGCAUCAAAAGGCAGUGGAUGUGUUCAAUGCCAGCAAAGUGCUCAAGGUAGGCGGCGCUGGAUUCAAGGUGUUGCAACUGCUCGAGGGCAAGGCACACGUUUAUGUCUUUGCCACGCCCGGUUGCAAGAAAUGGGACACUUGUGCACCAGAAGCUGUGCUGGAGGCUAGUGGUGGAACCCUAACCAACAUCAAUGGCGAACACUACGAAUACCAUGAGAAUGUGGAGCAUGUCAAUGGACGGGGAGUGCUCGCCAGCGUGGGCAACAAUCACCAAGAGCUGGUGGAGAAGAUCCCGCUAGAAGUUCGACAGGCCGUAGGCACGAAACAAACAUAAUCUGUUAUAUAUUUU